AGCGAUCCCACACUCAGUGAUGAUGGGUGUCCCGGUUCAUGAGACCUCUAGUGACGCUGAUGUCUCUCGUCUCUCGUCUGUUUCUCUUGUCUUUCUGCCGCACCACCUGCCUCGUGGCUCCCAGCGAUCAAUGCGAUCAACGAUCCGUUUGCUAGAGUGGCAUCACUGAGCAUCACUGUGCCGUGGUGUGAUUGGGCGCCGCGGCAGACGAUCCAACGGCACCAGACGAUUCCAAUAUUCCUUCGCUGUUCCUUCAUCUUCUGCAGAUCACACCAAGCCCUGAACAGGCAAAGGCCGAUGGUCUCAUGGUGCGGUGCGAACCAGGGGACCGGGGUGGAAACGAGAGAACGAGAAAGCAACGAGGGUGUUCUGCAUCGUGAUGUGUCAUCGGCCUCGAAGGGAGAGCGAGAGAAAAAAGGAGGAUCUACAGGCAAACGUCGUAGCCAAUCUCCGAUGGAAGGGAUCCUUCCAGCUUCCAGAGCCAUUCGAGCCUUCGAGUACAGUAAAUUCGCACCCACUUCCAUCCGCUGCAGAGGCCAAGACGGCUUCAGCAAAUCACCAGGGACCAGCACUGCUCGGUACAGUCGUCUUCCCUGUCAAGCUUUUACAUUAGCUGCAGCUGCGCCCGAGGCAUGCGACAGCUGGGGCCACCGAAUUUACCAUGUUACUGUACUUCAUGUCAAUCUCCAUAUUCUGCCAGCCGCGGGCCUAUCACCGCCCCCAACGGUAGAAAUGAGGCUGUCACUGAGACUUGAUCGUCGCCAUCAUUGGCCAACAGGUCUAUCACCUUGCGUUGGUGUGUGACAGUGGCGCUGGAGCACGCAUCUGGUGGCGCCCAUCCAGCGACGAGAGAACAAGGAACAAGGAUACAAAGAUGAGGCGAAUAAGAUUUGCGAGUAAAACAGUUUGGACACCUGAGCAAAAAAAGCAAAAACU